AAAACUUGUCCCUCGAUGACCUUCGAAAACGGUUGGGUCGCCGGGAUGGUAUAUAUUGGUCAGCGGCUGAACGACCUACAUCAGUUUUUCGCUAAAGCAACUGCAGUCAACAUGAACACUAAGGUCCUUUUCCUCCUUGGCCUGGCAGCCUUUGUCGCCGCAGACAGCCGUGAAUCCUUCGAGUCCUUCGAGUCAGGUGAAGCCAAGUAUGACUUCAACUGGGCCGUCAACCAUGACGACUCCGGCAACGACUUCGGACAUCAGGAGGCCCGUGACGGCGACCACACACAGGGAUCCUACUACGUGCAGCUUCCCGACGGCCGCCUGCAGACCGUCAAGUACUUCGUGGACGGCGACUCCGGCUACGUGGCUGAAGUCAACUACGAGGGCGAGGCUCGUUACCCCGACUCCUACGAGUCCAACGAAUCAAAAUAAAAUCUCACACCCUUUGUGAUACAACGACUGCGAUGGACUCCACCGGUUACAGAAUAUGUCUCGUUAUAACUGUUAUUUAUUGUAUUAAUAAAGGCAUAUUAUAAUACAAAGGACUUGUGAUU